AUCGAAAGCUAGCUGUGAGGAUGGCUAUUGGAUUUCCGGUAUGCGUUCAGUGUGGGACGGCGAGCAACCCUUGCCGGUGCAAGGUGGUUGGGCCGACGCUUGGUUUCGUGGCAUUUGUGGCUGCAGCGAUUGUGGAAUGGCCCGUCGGAGCGGUGGUCUAUUGCUUCAAACACAUGAAGGGACGCCGUAUCAUGGGUCAUCCUGCAACUGUUGUGUAUCCAAAGGUCUCCAAUGCCAUUCCUAUUUGAUGAUCUUUCUCAUUCUACUUAAGA